AUGGAAAUCAAACCGUUCAACUACCUCAUGUACAUCGGGUUGGCUCUGUGCUUUGUGCAGUUUAGCUUAGGACUAGAUGGGGCAAAGUACACUAGGCUAAGGAAGGAAGUUGGUAAACGUCUGAAGUCGUAUUAUCCAAAGAAGAGUCUAGGAUAUCCGCAAGAGUAUGGAUUUGGAUACUAUUACCAGGGAGAUAUCCUGCUGAGCCCGAGCCAGAAGGGUCGUUUUGCAAUUACCACUGAUUCUGAGGACGAUUUGUGGCCCAAUGCAACAGUACCAUACGAGAUCAAUGCCAACUUCACUGCUGAACAAAUGCAAACGCUUGAGGCCGCAUUCGCACAGUUCGAGAAUAACACUUGCGUACGAUUUGUUCCGCGCACGAAUGAGACACGGUUUGUAAAUAUCACUAACGUGAAUGCAGGAUGUGCUGCGCAUGUUGGACGGCUUGCCGUCCCAUACGUUAACAAUCUCAAUCUGCAGACGCCCGGUUGUAUGUGGCAGGUCGGUACGCCGGUGCACGAGAUGAUGCAUACGCUCGGAUUUUUGCACGAACACUCACGCCCCGAUCGUGACGAGUACAUUAUCAUCUUGUACCAAAAUCUUGCUCCAUUUUAUCAAAAUCCUGGUUUUAUAAGUGGCAACUUAGACAAAGAUGAUAUAGAUGACGGAACUGAUUACGGCGUACCGUACAACUAUGGCAGUGUGAUGCACUAUUCGCGUUAUGCCGCUGCCAUCUCAAGACAACGGCCGGUGUUGGUAAACAAACAGCCUUACAUUGGUGACUUUGGCAAUACCGAAGGGUUGAGCGCGGGUGAUGUGGCACAGCUUAUGGCCAGAUACUGCUAG